AUGACAUCAAUGGACGAUGAUGAUGACUUUUAUGGAGAUGAUGAUGAUCAUACUUCACAAAUGAAUAACAGAGAGGCAAUAAGAUCACAGAGUAAUAUAUUCCCUCUUGGUUACCAAGAUGGUAUUGAGAUUGGAAAGGAACAGACAUUGCAACGUGGAUUCAAUGCGGGAUUGACAGAGGCAACACUGAUAGCAUAUAAAUGGUCGUUACUACUUGGUCUAAUAAGUUCAAUGGAUGUAUUCUAUCAUCAUAACAAACAGUUUGCCAAUACUGAACAUACGCCCAAGCUACAAGAUAUGGAGAAUAGACUAAAGACAAUACUGAAUCAACAUUGUUCAACACCUUCAAUCGACUUGCUCAAAUCAAAGUUCAUUGGCUAUACACAUGUGGAUGAGGUGGAGACUACCAACAAACGAUCAAAUGGCUCAUGCUGCUCAGACUCAAACAACAACAACAAUAAUAAUGGCAACAACUGCAAUGAAGCUAAUGGAGACUCAUGUUGCAAGAGUGAGCAAAAGCAACAGCCACAGCAACAAGAUGAUGAUGAUGGAUGCUGCAAAGGAAAUAAUAAGGAUGACGACGCAGGUUGUUGCAAGGUACAAUCAAAGGUCACAUCACCAUCAUCAAAGGCCAUGAGUAGUCCACAUCGAGCACUCACACAGGAGGAUGACAAGGCACUCUUUGAACAACUGUGUAAUGAGUGUAAAUCACUCAUCUCUCUAUUUGGACUGGAUGGCAAUAAGAUUGUCAAUCAAGUACUGGUCAAGCAGUUCAAUGUUAUAAACGCGACUCAAUAG